AUGACCGACGCAAUCCCGGAAAGACAAAAAGAGUCAAGGGCCGGUGCAGCCAUCAUUUUGCAAAUGGUUGUGCCUGGGUGCAGAAAACCUGAGGUUGCUGCUGUGAGAAACAUGGGUUAUGGGUUUGAUACCAAUUUCAUUUUAGUUGUUACUUUAGUUGUACUGCUGAUCUCUUCUUCAUGUCUUCACCAUGUCUCUACUAAAUUAGAGCCGAGUAGUAGAUGUAAUCUCUACCAAGGUAGUUGGGUGAAUGAUUCAUCUCCUUUCUACAACUCAUCUAGCUGUCCAUUUAUCGGAAAGGGAUUUGAUUGCCAGAGGAAUGGAAGGCCAGACAAGCAUUAUCUCAACUACAGAUGGAAACCCACAGCCUGUGAUUUACCAAGGUUUAAUGGCGAGGAUUUUUUAAAGAGGUUUAAGGGGAAGAAAAUCCUCUUCGUGGGAGACUCACUAACCAAUAACCAGUGGCAGUCUUUGAUAUGCAUGCUUUACACCUCAGUCCCACAUGCAACAACAAACUACAACAACAACAAAAAAGGCGCAGAAAAUGGAGGCUUCUCCACGUUUACCUUUCCAGUCCAUGAAGUAUCCGUGAAUUACGACCGCAAUCUGUUCCUAGUUGACCUAGUUACUGAAAAAAUCGGCCGAGUUCUCAAGCUUGACUCUAUCUCUGGAGGUGAUCCAUGGAAGAAUGCUGACGUGUUAAUCUUCAACACCUGGCAUUGGUGGUUUCACACUGGAAGACUACAACCAUGGAACUACAUUGAAGACGAAGGCAAGAUAUACAAAGAAAUGGAUCGUUUGGUUGCAUUUCAGAAAGGAUUAACUACAUGGUCCAAAUGGGUAGACUCCAACAUCAAUCCAAACACAACCAAAGUCUUUUAUCAGGGCAUCUCUCCAACUCAUUACAUAGGUGCGGAGUGGAAUGAAAGGAAAGAGAUCUGCAAGGGGCAAACAGAGCCUGUAAGUGGGUCGAAAUACCCAGGUGGGUCAAUUCCUGGUGUAGAUGUGGUGAAGAAUUUGUUGAGUAAGAUGUCAACGCCGGUUGAGUUUCUUGAUGUGACGACCUUAUCGCAGUUGAGGAAAGAUGGACACCAAUCUGUUUACAGUGGUGAUCCGAAGAGUUUGGAUUGCAGCCAUUGGUGUCUUCCUGGUGUUCCUGAUACCUGGAACCAUCUAUUGUAUGCGUCUUUCGUCCUAAAUUGA